AUGGAAAACAAAGAUCGAAUUAUUCUCCAACGUCUCUCCCACGUCAUAUACGAGCAUCCUGAUGUGGAUAGGUUCGCCUCUUUUGCCAGGGAUUUCGGUCUCAUCGACGCAGGUGAAGUCGACGAUAUGCAUUUCUACUGCGGAUAUGGCAAAGACUCAUAUGUAUAUGUCGCCAAACGAGCGGCUACAGGAGCAGCAAAGCGGUUUGUUGGCGCAGGAUUUGUAGCACAGUCAGCCGAGGAUUUUGGCUUGGCCUGCCAAUUGCCCGGCGCUGAAAUUCUUGACGCUACCAAGCGGCCAGGGGCUGGGCAGUUGGUGCAGGUUCCGGACCCCAACGGUUAUGUGGUUCAAGUUGUCUGGGGACGAGAGGAACGCAUGGAACCUGCGCACGGAAUCUCCUCUUGUGUGACAGGACAGCUUUCCAUGAAUGGUGCGGUCGAUAAGAUACGAAAGGGCCAUUUUACACGCAUGACGAGCGGUCCGGGCUUGAUCCACAAGUUGGGACAUUUUGGCUACACGACAAGCAACUAUGAAGAGACGUGCCGAUGGUACACACAGAGCUUCAACUUUACCCCUACUGAUGUGCUUCAUAGCCCAGGGGACCGUAAGCAAGAGGUCGCCGCUUUCAUGCGGUUUGAUCUUGGCAAGGAGUUUGUCGACCAUCACUCCCUCCUCAUCGCUCGCGGUGAAAAGGCAGGCACCACGGUUCAUCACUCCUCCUUUGAGGUGGAGGAUAUUGACACGCAAAUGAUGGCCCAUCAAUGGCUGGAGCAGGCCGGGUGGGCGCUAGUUUGGGGUGUUGGACGGCACGUCCACGGCUCUCAGAUCUUUGACUACUGGUACGACAGCGGCGGUUUCGUUGUGGAGCACUACGCUGAUGGGGAUCUGGUCAAUGAAGAAACCGAGAUUACCCAUGCGGUCGCGGGGACAAUGGCAGUCUGGGGCCCGCCUGUGCCAGCCAUUUGGGGCGGAAAAGUAACGACUUGA